AUGUUUGUGGUACUGUCCUGCACGGUUGCCAUGUGGGUCGCUUGCUCGGAUGCUGCCCCGACGUUUGUCGUGGAAUCGCCUUUUGGUUCGAUCAAGGGACUAGAAGUGAUAGCCAACAACAGCAAGCCCUACCUGGCUUUCAGGGGGAUCCCUUACGCAAAACCUCCAGAGGGGGAACUCAGGUUUGCAAAGCCAGUGCAGCAUCCUAAACUGGGUCAGUCUCUAAAUUGUUCAAAAUCUAAUUUAUCUGCUUUUGGGUAGCUAAAGUUGUCAAUCUUUUCCAGAAUGUGUAGGCCCUCUGGACAUGAAACAAAUUAGCUUGUACAUAGUGGUCUUCGUGAGCAAGGGGUGCAGUGGCGUAAGAAGGGGGAAGUGGUCCAUCCCAGGCGGCACUUCCUUUCUUUAGAGGGAGGGGCUGUAUUUUCUGCCAACUGCAGAGCUUUUUUUUUUCCUUGGAAAGGGGGGGAGGGUGCACAAAAAUCUUUGUCCGCCCUGGGCGGCACCAAUCCCAGCUAACGCCACUGAAGGGGCGACAAAAUUAAGGACCGCCCCCGGGCCUCGCGAACUCUUGUUGCACCCCUGGCUGUAAUAAAGGGGAAUAAUUAAAUGGUGUGUCUGUGUACGUGCCAGUCACGUUUCAAUUGUUUCUAAUCAAUUAAUCAAUUUUAAAGUCUUAACAAAUGAAUUUAUUCUUUGAUUGAAAGAGGCAAAGACUAGGAAACAUAACGUGCAGACAGAGACGAGUCUCCCAAAUGGAUCCACUGCACGUGACGAUGCUCUGGUGGUUACAUGGGUAACGCCAUUAAUGGCAUGAGUUGAAAUUCCGUUUUCUAAGGAACUAGUAUAGUGUGUAAUUUUUACUUUACAUUCCUACAGAUGGGAUUUUCGAUGCGUCAAAGUUUGGGAACGCCUGCAUCCAAGCAGCUUACACGUUAGCACCAGAGGAGACCAUGUCAGAAGAUUGCCUGUUUCUGAACGUGUAUGUCAAGUCCAUCCCUACACAGAGCAGCCCGCAAAAUCUGAAGAAGGUGAUGGUGUGGAUCCAUGGGGGUGGGUUCAUUCUCGGUUCCUCGUUCGCGUAUGACGCCGGAAUUUUCGUCACAAACAAUGACGUCAUCGUCGUAACAAUCAACUACAGACUAGGAGUCCUGGGUUUCCUCAGCACUGAAGAUGAGGCGAGUCCUGGUCACUACGGCUUGUGGGACCAGAUCAUGGUGCUGAAGUGGGUCAAGGUCAACAUCGUGGCAUUCGGCGGUGACCCGGAUGAUAUCACGCUAGGAGGUCAAUCCGCGGGAGGCGCCUCGGUUUCGCUUUUGUCCUUGACCCCUUUCACGAAAGGUUAUUUCACUAAAGUCUACGCCCAAAGUGGGUCAGCAACGUCGCUUUUCGCCAAAUACAUCAACGCAAAGCUAGACGCUGUUAAGUUAAGUCAGCAAAUGAACUGUUUCACUGGAAACGACUCGAACGACUCCUCUGACAGCCAUAAGAUAAUUGAAUGUUUAAAAGAGCGUUCAGCCGUGGACAUUUCCAUGGGGACAAAUUUUCAGCUUUCCAGAACAACCUUUGUUCCACACGUGGACGGCCAACUCUUCCCAAGAUCGCCAGCCGAGCUCCUGAAAGAUGAGGCAUACCUGGACUCCAUCGGCUUCUUCCAGAGAAAAUACCUG